UGCAACGACGCGCCACUCUACCAGUGACGUCACAUGUGACGUUUCGGCUCGCGUCACGUGACUGUCCCGCAUGUGACGGCAACCGGGAGUACAUCUAUUGCGCUGUUUAGGAUAUUGAAACACGCUUGCGUGCAAGACAGAUCUGGUGUGUGUGUGUGCAGCAAGCGGUUGAUUCUUGCACGUUUGUGACAGUGUACUGCGGAACCGAUCAACUUUCACAAGUUCUUUGGUAAAAAUAAGCUUUUGCCACCGCAACCAUGCCUUACAUGCUGGACAAUGACGACUUCGGGGACCGAGUGUACUGGGACCGGGUGACCAUGGAGAACAUCAAGGAGUUGCGCCAGCGUUUGCAGCAGUGGCCGGAAAGACACGAGCUAUGCUACCCGGAUGAACUGCAGCGUGUGAUGGAGGACGAUGACUACUGCCGCAACAUUGUGGGUCAAGUGCGCCUAAACAUGACAAGUGCGCACAAGUUCGUCGCUGACAUGCUGGCCUGGAGACGGGCCAUGAAGCUGCACGAUCUUCGAGAGGAGAUUCUACCGAAGGCAGUUCUCGAAAGAUGCAUCGUCUACCCAUAUGGAAAAGACAAAUCAGGGUGCCACGUCCUGGUGCUUCGAAACAAAAACUACAUCAAGGGACUGGCAGACCCUGACAGAGUCAAACAGGUCUUCCUCUUCUUCGUUGAGAAACUCUUCAAUGAGUGUCAUGCCAAAAAGAUCACUAUUCUGAUGGACUGUACAGACAUCGGUGUAUCCAAUAUUGAUAUUGAUCUUCUCAAGUUCGUAGUGGAUGUCUUCGACAAGAAGUACCCAAUAGGACUCGGAAAUGCACUCAUAUACAACAUGCCAUGGUUGCUUAACGCCAUCCUGAGAAUGAUCAAGAGUUUACUCACCUUCGGUGCCGAUAGACUCAAGACUGUCAACAAACAGGAUAUACAGCAGUACAUCGACGCCAAGUAUCUUCCCGUCCGAAUGGGUGGAAUGGAUACUUACGAAUACACCUAUGUCCCAGGGAAGCCUCUUGGAGACCGUGCCCACUAGUCACAACCGCGCAAUACUGGAAGUGUGGUUACUGUGUCCAGGAUAGUCAUGCUACGUUAGUGUGGAAAAGCUCCGUCCAUUCUUCUCUGUGGUGUUCCUCACGACCCAUUUUAGGACAGUUUCAUCAGCUCAUCUAUUGACAACAGCGGCUUGUGUUGUGUGGCCGGACAUGAAAACGUCGACGUUACUGGCUUUAUUUUAUUAUGCUUCCAUUUCCUCAUCUCUACUAGAAGGAAAUCGCAUCGACGAACUGAAUAACUUUGUUACUUCCCGGCGAUUUUCUUGGAACCACUGAUGAAAUAAACAGUGAUAGAACUGGUUG